AUGCUCGACCAGUUGAUCGUGCGACAUGCGGCUCAACAUCCCGAAGCGGGAGCUGCUCGACUACAGAGACCGCUUUCUUCCCUGACCCCAAUUCACAUUGGAUUUUCAAUUGAAAGAUGUGAAGUUGUUGCAGCGGAGCAGCGGCAAAAUACGUGA